AUGCCCGUGCAAGAGCACGAGCAACCCGACCGGCAGGGCUCAGCGAGCUCGGGAAACAGUUGGAUUUCACAGGCGACCGUUCGAAACAGCGAUGGCACGCUCCAGGAUAGCACUGCCUCUGACGGUCGCAAUGCCGAGCCCUUCCCAGGUACCCUGACAGACAAGAAGCUGCGAACGCUAAACUCCUGCCAGGUCCGAGCCAUCCCAGGCUACCAAGAUCGAUUGGGGCGCUUCCAUGUGGUCAUGGAGCUCUCCCGAAGUCUCCCCACCGAAGAGCGCAAAGGAUCCGGCUUCAGUAAUCAUCGAAAGGCCCUCGCUGUCCUUGGCGCUGGAGAUGAAGCCUCUCGAUCCGUUUCCAACAGCCCGCGACCCCCACCCAUCAACCAACCCCGCCUCAACGAGAACACCGAGUCCGAAUCGAUAGCUCCCUGGGCGAUAAGCGCUGGCGCUGAUGGCCAAAGAACCUUUUUCAAUGAUUUCUCGGAACACGAAGCCUCGCCUGCAUCCGCUACAUUUCGCCCUACAACCGGACGCACCUUUUCCAGCGAACCGGCGGAACUGGAGUAUAAUGGAGAAUACCGCAGGCCUUCUACAACGAGCAUGACCAGCAGCACCGGGUCAAAAUCGAGUCUUAGUGCAAAGUUCAUGAAGAAGAAACCAAAGGGCUCUGUCAGUGAAGAUUAUCCGCUUGAUGAAACUGGGGACGGAACGAACCCGCCCAGCAGACGAGGGGGCCCAAUUGAUCAAUUGCGCGCUCGAGAAAGGGCCAACUCUGACGGAUCUGAAGCUUCUCAGCGACAAUCUCGUUCACGAGCAGAGACGCCUUUGCCUUCAAGUGAUAUAACUCCCUGGGUGUAUCAAAGCUUCAACGACAUCCCACAGUAUGGAGAGGCACCAGUCCGACAAGUUCCCAUUGGCCCUGAUGGUCAGCGCCAGAAUUCCCAAGGAAGUCAGGCGCGCUCUGUACACAGAGAUUCUUCGAGUCGACGCGGAGCCAAUGGCCACCGCCAUUCUCGAAGCAAAGAAGAAAAGCCCACUCUCGCUGGUGACCUUGCAGACUACCAAUUUUCUGGCUAUCACGACCGCCCCUCUGGCGGGCGUGAUGAUUUCUCCGUCGGAUUAAAGCCCCAUAAGGAUAGUCAUCUCAAUUCUUCUACUGCUAUGAGCUCGACGACCAACCUUGGAGGUCGAUCAACAAGCCCGACGCCCAGUGUCCAGAGUGCUAUCUACCAUAGUACUACUCACACUUCUCCAGGGGGUCCUCCUAAUAAACAGAAUAUUUUGAGCAAGAUCGGUCGGUUUUUGCCUGGCCACAAACCACACCACGACAAGCCAAAGCGUGAACAAUCUCCAAAUAGACGUCGACAGGGCAGCCUCGAGGGAACCUCCACUCCUCGCUUAGACACAGCCGAUUCAGAGCGCAAAAAAGAGUCUGGGAAGGGCCUGGGCAUUGGAGGGCGAAAGUUUCCUCGGCGAGGCUUCAGCAAUCUGGCUGGAGAUAUUCACCCGCCGCGAGGCAAUACAUCACACGGCGAGGAAGGGAAACAUUAUUUCUCCCUGGAUACCGACCUAGACGAUAUGCGGGGUGUGCGUACAGCUUCCCCGGGUCCCGGCCGCAUGCCUCGUGGAACCGACGGCACAAUAACCCCGCGAGAAGAUCCGGUCCGGCCAGACCCCUUGCAGGAAGGUGACCAAGAAGGCGCCGAUAGCUGGCACGCACCAGAUAGCUGGCAUGUCAAGAAGCAAGCGGAUAUUAUGGCAGAAGCCGCGGAAGGUCAAUCCAAAGCCGCCAGCGGAACACGAGAGCGGGACGGUGCCUCCUACUUCAUUCGAGUCUUCCGGAUCGAUUUGACAUUUGCCACGCUCUCGGCUGGUCUGAACACGACUGUUGCAGAUAUCCUUUACAUGCUUGGGAAGAAGUCCUUUUUACAGGACCAUCUCAAUAAUUAUGAGAUUGUGUUACGAAAGAAUGAUCUGUCUCGCCAGCUUGACCAUAAAGAGAAACCGAUCUUGAUGCAAAAGAAGCUCCUAGAGCAGGUUGGAUACACCGAGAAAGACCGCAUUGAAGAUAUCGGCCGUGAAGACCACAGUUACCUCUGCCGCUUGGUGUUCUUGCCCACAAAGCUGAGUGGGUAUACAAGUUUGGAGGCAGAUCCUGGGUUCAACAAGAUGCAAAAGUUCAGCCAUGUGGAUCUCCAAGGUCGAAGUCUCGUCACCAUCCCCAUCACCCUCUACAAGAAAUCUUCAGAGAUCAUAUCUUUGAACUUAUCCAGGAAUUUGUCUUUGGACGUCCCGAAAGAUUUCAUUCAAAGCUGUAUCAACCUGCGCGAGAUCAAAUUUAUUGGCAACGAGGCUUCGCAAGUUCCACUGAGUUUCGGUCUGGCCAGUCGGCUGACCUACUUGGAUGUGUCGAACAACGUCUUGGAAGAUUUGGAGCAUGCUAAGUUGGAUCGACUCACUGGUCUAGUGAGCAUUAAAAUGGCAAACAAUCAGUUGACCCAACUACCAAGCUAUUUUGGUGACUUCCAGUACUUGCGAAGCUUGAACAUGUCAUCUAACAGCUUCAAGGUUUUCCCUGAAUUCCUUUGCAAGCUUCGAGCCCUGGUUGAUCUUGAUAUAAGUUUCAAUAACAUCGAGAGCGUCCCCUCCAUUGGAAACUUGACCACUCUUGAGCGUCUCUGGAUGACAAACAACAACAUCACCGGGCCACUUGAUGAGUCCUUCCAACAGUUGGUCAAUCUUAGGGAGAUUGAUGGGCGAUUCAAUACAAUCACCAGCAUCGAUAAUCUUUGCGGACUUCCAAGGCUCGAGCAGGUGUUCUUUGGUCACAAUCAAAUCUCGCGUUUCCGAGGCUCGGCGCCCAAAUUACGCAGCUUGCACUUGGACCAUAAUCCCUUGACGCAGUUUGACAUCGAUUCUCAUAUGCCCACAUUGUCAUCCUUGAACCUUGCAUCCGCCAACCUGUCCGCGUUCAAGGAUGCCAUCUUCGAUCAUAUGCCGAAUGUUUCCAAGCUCAUUGUUGAUAAGAACCAUAUGUCAUCGAUCCCCGCACAGAUUGGAAAACUGCGCCGCCUGGAACACUUCAGCAUUAUCAAGAAUCCACUCGGAUUUAUCCCCCCACAGAUCGGUUGUCUGGUGGAACUGAAGGAGUUCAAUCUUCGCGAGUGCAAUUUGAAAUCCCUGCCAGACGAAAUCUGGCACUGUGCUAAAUUGGAAACAUUGAACGUGUCUACAAAUCUGCUCACCACCUUCCCCAAGCACGGUGCACCACUGCCCUUGGUGCCUGGUGAACCGACCACGACGCCUGUCUCAACACCAGCACUCACCGGGAACCCCACCUACGAGGAUCUCGGUCCUCUCAAUGAGCCAGACAGCCGUAGGCCCAGUCAAAAUUCCAGUGGAGCUUUGGCGUCUGGUUCGUCCCCUAAUACCUCGUACCGAAAUGCUUCUGUCGCGCCAUCUGUUGGACAGUCACAUUCUGGGCGGAAGGUGUCUACCGCAUCGCGUUCUAAUGCUACGGAAGGGAGCUCAUCAUCUCGGAAGGAUUCAAACUUCUCGCAACAUGCUGCCGCUCUGACAUUUGCAGGUUCUCUUCGAAACCUCUAUCUUGCCGACAAUAGGUUGGAUGACGAGGUUUUCCGCGAGCUCGCCCGUCUUCCAGAACUGCGGAUUGUCAACCUGUCUUACAAUGAAUUGACAGAACUGCCCCAAGGAGUUCUCAAGAGAUGGCCCUGGAUCUCGGAGCUCUAUCUGUCCGGAAAUGAGUUGACGUCACUCCCAUCCGAUGACUUGGAAGAAGGCAGCAAUCUGAAGGUCCUGCAUAUCAACGCAAAUCGCUUCCAAGUGCUCCCGGCAGAAUUAUGCAAAGUCAGCAAGCUAUCCAUUCUCGACGUGGGCAGUAAUAUGCUGAAGUACAACGUCUCCAAUUGGCCAUAUGAUUGGAACUGGAACUGGAACAGAAGCUUGAAGUACCUGAAUUUCUCGGGCAAUAAGCGUCUGGAAAUUAAGCCCAAUAUUGCUUCGUUGGGUCAGCCAGUCACCAAUGGUGCUGAUCUGACUGAUUUUACGUCUCUGACCCAUCUCCGUGUCCUUGGCUUGAUGGAUGUCACCUUGACCAUUCCUACCAUACCUGAAGAGAAUGAGGAUCGCCGCGUGAGAACUUCUGCCUCCCUAGCUGGUUCACUUGCAUAUGGAAUGGCAGACACACUCGGCAAAACUGAGCAUCUGUCCAUCAUCGACAUGAUUGUACCACGCCUGAAGCCGGACAAGAUUGAAACUCUUGUCGGGAUGUUUGACGGUUCGACGAUGUCAAGUGGCGGUUCUCGCGUUGCGAAGUAUUUGCAUGAGCAUUUCACUCCAACCUUCUCCCAUGAGCUUAAACGACUCCAGCCAGAUCAGGAUGAGACGCCGCUCGAUGCACUGCGACGAACAUUCUUGGCAUUGAACAAGAAUAUGGCAGGUUCUGCCUACAGAUCCAUUGAUGAUCGCGAGCUGCGGCAAUACAAUCGCAGAUCAUCCAAUACAAAGCAGCUCAACCAAGAUGAUAUUCAGGCUGGUGGUGUCGCAACCGUCCUCUAUCUGAACAACAUGGAUUUGUACGCUGCCAAUGUCGGUGACGCACAAGCAAUUCUUGUGAGGUCGGACGGCUCGCUCCGAAACUUAACACAAGUCCAUGACCCUGCAGAGUCGAGCGAGCGAGCUCGCAUACGGGCGGCUGGCGGCUUUGUGGCUCGCAAUGGAAAGCUCAACGAUGUUCUUCCUGUGUCCAGAUGCUUCGGUCAUUUCCCAAUGAUGCCAGCCGUCAUUGCAGCCCCGGCCACCCUGCACACGAAACUGACCGAGCAAGAUGAAAUGAUCAUCAUUGCUUCAAAAGAGUUGUGGGAUUAUGUGGCACCUGAACUUGUUGUUGAUGCUACCAGGGGUGCGCAUCCGAAUCUCAUGUACGCCGCGCAGAAACUGCGGGAUUUGGCAAUCUCCUUCGGUGCGACCAAUAAAAUCAUGGUCAUGGUUCUUGGCGUGAGUGAGUUGCAAAAGCGAAACAAGAAAUUCUCUCGGCCUAGCAUGAACCUAGAGCGCUCUGCCUUCCCCGACGACCAGAUUGUUCAGACGUCGAAGCUCCGCAAGAGACCCAAGGGUGAUGUUCCGGGAGACUCUCGUCUAGCUCGAUUUGAUCGCGUCGAUGCUCCAAUUGGCGAACUUGCUAUCAUGUUCACUGAUAUCAAGAAGUCCACUGGUCUGUGGGAAACAUGCCCCGAUGCGAUGCGUUCAGCUAUCCAGAUUCACAAUGACAUUCUUCGACGUCAACUCGGAAUCAUUGGUGGAUAUGAGGUUAAGACUGAAGGUGACGCUUUCAUGGUGGCUUUCAACUCUACAACUGCGGCACUGCUCUGGUGCUUCAACUGCCAGAUCCAGCUACUUGAGGCUGAAUGGCCCACGGAGAUUCUUGAGCAGCCACAGUGUCGCAUCGUCUAUGAUAUGGAGAACAAUAUCAUAUUCCGCGGUCUGUCUGUUCGUAUGGGUGGACACUGGGGUGAACCUGUCUGCGAAAAUGACCCAGUGACUAACCGUAUGGAUUACUUUGGUCCAAUGGUCAAUCGCGCAUCUCGUAUCUCUGCUGUUGCCGAUGGAGGUCAGAUUUUCGUCUCCUCGGACUUCAUGAGCGACAUUCAGCGCAAUCUCGAGGUAUUUGCCGACGCUGAGCGCUCUGCAUCGACCAGUUCCACAGAAAGCCACCCACGCAUGGAUAGCCUGGGCCAUACCAUCCGGCGUGAGUUGCAACAGCUAAACAGCCAAGGCUUCGUGAUCAAAGACCAAGGUGAACGCAAGCUGAAGGGACUCGAGAAUCCCGAGCCACUGUACCUUGUCUACCCGCACUCACUCGCCGGCCGGAUGACUGCGUCCGAGGAGGUACAAGACCCAGAAAACAACCCAGCCAUUAUUUCACCGGGCUCGGAACUCGAUCUCAAGACCGACCUGAUCUGGCGCCUAUGGGAAGUAACCCUCCGCCUGGAACGACUCUGCGGCGCACUGGAGAACCCAAGCGAACCACGACUCCGAGAGCCAAACGUCGCUCUCUUCCACAUGGUCAAGAACCACGGAGGCGAAUUGAACGAUUCCACCGUAGUCAGCCUCGUCGACCAACAAGUCACCCGCAUCGAAGCAACGAUCAACACCCUCUCCGUGCGCCACAUGAUGCGCCCCUUCCGAGCCGGCGAUCGUCUCGAAGACCACGCAGUGCCGAUCGGUGAGGUCUUGCAACAGCUCUCGACCCAACUCGCCGAAUACCGCGCUCUCAAGGAACAAAUGGCUAUUGGGGCUGCUGGCAUCCCCGCCCCUCAGUAUGGUGGUCUUCCCAUGCACCCCCCUGCGAGUAUGGAAAGCACUUCUACAUCCGCCUCUUCCUCCUUCCUACACAUCCCCAACACCCUCGACACUCGCUCCUUCGAUUCUCAACGUAGCGAUCGAUGA